AAAAUUUAAUCCUUCAUCUAAUUGUUUUCUACAAAUUAAAACAAUACAUAGUCACACAUACACACACACAUCAUUAUAUCUAUUAAUAUCAAUAACUAAAUCAAUUUAUUAAUAUAUAUUUCUUAUAUAUAUUAUAUUUUGUAUAUACAAACAAAUUAUGUCUAUGAUGAAUGGGUUAGGUAGACAAGAUAUUGACUUUAAUCAAAUAUGGGAAACAAUAGCACAACAAGUUUACUUAUUAUUAACAGGUAUGAAUACUGUAUCUGCAAUGUCUUUAUAUGAGGAUGUUUAUAAAUUAUGUAUUGCUCAACCUCAACCAUAUUGUGAGCCUUUAUAUGAAAAUAUUAAAAAGUUUUUCGAACAGCACGUGGAUAGAAUCCUUUUAAUCAUUUUAGAUACAAAAUCAGAUACAAUUUCAGAAUAUUUAAAACAAUGGAAACUUUUUCACACAGGUUGUGAAUUAUGUAAUAAGGUUAUUUUCAGAUAUUUGAAUAAUAAUUGGAUUAAUAAAAAGAUCAUGGAUAAGAAGUUUGGUCAUCCUCCAGAUAUUUACGAAAUUCAAACACUUGGACUUAUGAUUUGGAAAGAAAGAUUAUUUUUUAAGAUUAAAGAUAGAGUAUUAAAAUGUGUAGAGAUUUUAAUUCAAAAAGAUAGAGACGGUGAAUUAGUUCAACAUCAAUUUAUAAGUCAAUUUAUGGAAAGUUUAAUUAAAUUAGAUUCAGUUGAUAAAGAUAGAGCAUUAUAUUUAAAUGAAUACGAAUUUUCUUAUUUAGAAAAUACAAAACAAUUUUAUUCAAGAGAAUCUAUUGCAUUUAUAUCAUCAAGUGGUGUUUCGAGCUAUAUGAAGAAAGCAGAAGCUAGAAUCGAAGAAGAACAUCAUAGAUCACAAAAAUAUUUAAAUUCAACUUCACACGACAAAUUAAGAAGAUUGUUAGAUUCUAUUCUCAUUGAAAAACAUAAAGAACUCUUACAAUCCGAAUGUAUAAAUUAUUUGAAAGAUGAAAAACUAGAUGAAAUUCACCAUAUGUAUAAAUUGUUAUCAAGAAUUGAAGGUGGUCUCGCUCCAGUUUUAGAAACAGUUCAAAAUUAUAUCCAACAUGUUGGUUUUGAGGCAAUUAAAUCAAUUCCAGAUAAAAAUAACCCAGAUCCAAAAGUUUAUGUAGAAACUCUUUUAAAAAUAUAUUUACAAUUUAGUUCAAUUAUUAAAAAAUCAUUUAAUAAUGAUGUAUCAUUUAUUACAGUUUUAGAUUUAGCAUGCCAUAAAAUAUUUAAUCAAAAUCAUAUUACCAAAAACACAACAAAAUCACCAGAAUUAUUGGCUAAAUACUGCGAUAUGUUAUUAAAAAAAGGAAACAAGCAACAUGAAGAAGUCGAAUUAGAAGAAAAAUUAGGUCAAAUUAUUGUAUUAUUUAAAUAUGUUGAUGACAAAGAUGUUUUCCAAAAAUUCUAUUCAAAGAUGUUAUCAAGACGUUUAAUUAAUGCAUCAUCAGUUUCAGACGAUAUUGAAAAGUAUAUGAUUACUGGUUUAAAACAAGCAUGCGGUUUCGAAUAUACAUCCAAAUUCCAAAGAAUGUUUAAUGAUAUAACAAUUAGUACCGAAACAAAUGAAGAGUUUAAAAACUAUUUAAAUAAUAACAAUCUAUCUAUUGUUGAUUUUUCAAUUUUGGUUUUAACAUCAGGUUCAUGGUCUUUACAUUCACAAACCUCUAGUUUUAUUGUUCCACAAGAAUUAACUACAUGUAUAACAACAUUCCAACAAUAUUAUCAAAACCAACAUCAAGGUAGAAAAUUAAAUUGGUUACAUCAUUUAUGUAAAGCAGAGGUCAAAUCAUCCUAUCUCAAGAAACCUUUUGAAUUCCAUGUUACAAAUUUCCAAUUAGGUAUUUUAUUAAUUUUUAAUACUCAAGACACAGUUACACUAGACGAAAUUACUAAAUUCACAAACUUGAAUGAAAAUGAACUUUCAAGAACUAUUCAAUCACUCAUCGAAGCCAAACUUUUAUUAGCCAAAAAGAACCCAGAUUCUGCAACCCAAGAAUAUUCAUUAAAUGGUAGUUAUACAAAUAAAAGACUCAAGGUUAAGGUUUCAUCUUCAUUACAAAAAGAAACUCCAACUCAAACCGAAGAAACUUAUAAAGGUAUUGAUGAAGAUAGAAAACUUUAUUUACAAGCUUCAAUUGUUAGAAUCAUGAAGGCCCGUAAAUCGAUGAACCAUGUAUCUUUAAUCCAAGAGGUAAUUGAGCACAGCAGAGCAAGAUUCCAACCCAAUAUCCCAAUGAUAAAGAAAUGUAUUGAACAAUUAAUUGAAAAAGAAUAUAUUACCCGUGCUGAAGGUGAAUCAGAUAAAUAUUUAUAUCAAAGUUAAACAAAGGAAAAAAAAAUCAAAUGUGGUGGAGGGUUAUUUUCUAAAAAUAAUUGCAAUAAACAUUUAAGAUCAAUCUUAAUUAAAAUAUUAAAAAAUAAAAAAAUAAAAAAAUUUUAAUGUAAAAAUAUUAAAAAGAUUAAU